CUAGAACACGAAUCAACUCAAAGGAACGAAGGUCGACUGUGGGUUAGUAGAACACUACAGUAGAUCUAAGCAAUUACAAGGGGACAAGCACUCGUAGCCUUAGCAAGGUCAGUGGCUAAUAUUGGUAUGCGUAGAUUAGCUUCGCUGGUCAGCUAGAGCUACAAGGGCGUGGAGCUCAAUAUUCAUGACAUGUUGUCUGUAUGUCAUGACGCCAGCGCCAGCACCAUGAGCUCGCACGCUGUAACAACGGGGGAUGUGAAUGAGACUGCUGACGGUGUGCGGAACUUGGUGCAUGUCACAGACAACGCCAUGGACAUUGAUCAAAGCGGUGCCGCGUCGAUCGACGAGGGGCUCUACAGCCGCCAGUUAUACGUGAUGGGUCGUGAAGCUCAGUUGCGCAUGGGGACUUCCAACGUGCUCAUCGUUGGGCUCAAUGGCCUCGGCGUGGAGAUCGCUAAAAAUGUUAUUUUAGCGGGAGUGAAGAGCGUCACGCUUCACGAUGAUACGCCGGCCAGCAAGCUUGACUUGGCGUCUCAGUUUUACCUGACAGAGGGUGACAUGGGGAAGCCGCGAGCGGCAGUGUCUGUGAAGAAGCUGGCGGAGCUGAACCCCUACGUGCCUGUCCGAUGCUACAGUGGUGAGAUCACGGAGGAGUUUCUUCUUGGAUUCCGGGCGGUAGUUCUCGUCAACGCACCACUGAAGGAGGCGAAGCGUAUUAACGCUAUUUGCCACGCCAAGUCGAUUGCUUUCAUUACUACCGAGGCACGUGGCGUGUUUGGCUCGGUUUUCUGCGACUUUGGAGACGAGUUUAUCGUGUCAGACCGCGAUGGUGUCGAGCCUGUGAGCUGUUUGAUCUCGUCCAUUUCCAACUCAGCGCCUCCUUUAGUUACUGUGAAUGACGACACCCGUCACGGCUUGGAAACCGGGGACUUGGUUUCGUUCCGUGAAGUGGCAGGUUUUCCGUUCUUGAAUGACAGCAAGCCCAGGAAGGUAACAGUUACCGGCCCGUUCACGUUUACUCUGGACAUUAUUGAUGAAGCCGACAAAAAGCUCUUUGAGGAGGGGCAAUCAUUCACUGGAGGUUACGUUACUCAGGUGAAGCAGCCCCUCGUGACCAAGUUUAAGAGUCUAGAGAACGCUCUUGCGGCGCCCGGGGAGUUCUUAAUCAACGACUUUGCCAAGCUUGGACGGUCUGAGCUGCUCCACGUGGCGUUUCAAGCGUUGGAUGCUUUCCAGGAGAAGCACCAAGGAAACUACCCGAAGCCAGGUUGCAUGGAGGAUGCAGAAGAAGUUUUCACUCUUUCUUGCGAAAUCAACAAACAGUUUGCUGCUAAAAAGCAGUUCAGUGUCGAGGGUAUCGAUGAUGCUGACUCGAAAAAAAUCAUUCAAGCCCUUGCAGCUGGCGCUGUCGGCGUAAUCUCCCCCAUGGCAGCUUUCCUUGGAGGUAUAGUUGGCCAGGAAGCUCUCAAGGCAUGCAGUGGCAAGUUCACGCCAAUUCAGCAGUUUUUCUAUUUCGACGCAGUGGAAUGUCUUCCUGACGCAGUAUACGCGGGGACCCCUGACGAGUUCGCUCCCACCGGCUCUCGAUAUGACGGACAGAUUGUUGUGUUUGGCCGAAAGCUGCAGGAAAAGAUUAACAGUCUGAACAUGUUCCUUGUGGGCGCCGGUGCGAUUGGUUGCGAAAUGCUGAAGAAUUGGGCGAUGAUGGGUGUGGCGUCAAGCAAGGAUGGCACGAUCCACAUCACGGACAUGGACACGAUUGAGAAAUCGAACUUGAACCGUCAGUUCUUAUUCCGUUCGAAGGAUGUGCAGCAAGCUAAGUCCUCGGUUGCUGCUCGGGCGAUUAAGGAGAUGAACCCAGACGUUAACGUGCAGUCCUACGUGUCUCGGGUCGGUGCAGAAUCUGAAGACCAGUUUAACGACGACUUCUUCGAGUCGCUCUCUGGUGUGUGCACGGCACUGGAUAAUGUCGAGGCACGUUUGUAUAUGGACCAACGCUGUUUGUUCUACGGUCUCCCAAUGUUCGAGUCCGGCACGCUUGGAACGAAGGGCAACACGCAGAUUGUCGUCCCGCACAAGACUGAGAACUAUGGAGCUUCUCGGGACCCUCCUGAGAAAAGCAUUCCCAUUUGCACGCUGAAAAAUUUCCCCAACGCGAUUGAGCACACUCUCCAGUGGGCACGCGAUUGGUUCGAGGGUGAAUUCUUCCAAGCUCCUUCGGAUGUGAAUCGCUACUUAGAGGGACCGGCAUUCAUGAAGGAGCUCAAUGAGCAGCAAAACACCAAGAUUGAAACCUUAGAGCGGCUGAAAAGCUCGCUUGUGGAUGAUCGCCCCAUGUCAUUUGAAGACUGCAUUUCAUGGGCUCGUUUCAAGUUCGAGGAACUUUUCAGCAACCAGAUCAAGCAGCUUCUGUACAACUUCCCUCUGGACCAGGUACGCCCCUCACGCCUUCGUUUGAGCGACUUCGUUGUUACCACUUGAUGCCACGACAACUCAUUAACUCUUGUGUUGUGUAGUUGACAACGUCAGGUACUCCGUUCUGGUCUGGACCGAAGCGACCCCCAACGCCAAUUACGUUUGACGCGAAGGACCCACUGCACAUGGACUUCAUUGUUUCGGUUGCUAACAGCCGCGCAAAGAACUAUGGUCUCAAGGGACACAAUGACAGAGACGCGUUCGCCCAAGUCCUCAGUGGUAUUCACGUACCGGAGUUUUCUCCCAAGAAGGGUGUGAAAAUUGCUGCUUCUGAUGCAGAGCUUAAGGAAGGCGGUGCUGCCCCACCGCUUCAAGACGGCGAUGCCCAGUGCGAUUUGAUUCUGAAGGAGUUGCCGAAGCCGGCAACUCUUGCAGGCUACCGCAUGCAGCCGAUUGAGUUUGACAAGGAUGAUGACUCCCACAUGGAGGUUAUCGUGUCGGUCUCCAAUCUGCGUGCGCGCUCGUACAAGAUCCCGGAGGAGGACAUGCACAAGUCUCGUUUCAUUGCUGGCAAGAUCAUUCCAGCCAUUGCCACAACGACGGCACUGGUGACAGGACUUGUAUGCUUUGAAUUCCUCAAGGUGUUCCAGGACAAGCCAUUGGACCACUACAAAAACGGAUUCGUGAAUCUUGCGCUGCCGCUGUUUACCUUCGCCGAGCCGAUCGCACCGAAGUUCACGAAGACAAUGCUGAAGGGCGAGGAGUACAAGUGGACGGCUUGGGACCGUUUGGAGGUAGACCGUGGUGACAUGACACUGAAGGAGUUCCUUGCGUACUUUGAGAAGGAGUACGACGCCGAGGUCUCCAUGCUGUCGUACGGCGUCACGAUCCUCUACGCGAUGUACUCUGCGAAAUCGCGGUCGAAGGAGCGAAUGGCGAUGAAAAUCUCGGACCUUGUGCGCACGGUGACCAAGAAGCCCAUCGACCCGAAGCUGAAGUACCUCAUCCUGGAGGUGUGCGCCAUGGAUGCAGAGGGAGAGGACGUGGAGCUACCCUACCUGCGUUACCACUACAAGCAGCAGUAAGCAAAGGACGAUCGCAAUAAACGUUUGCACUUCAACUUGCCUUUAAAUUUAAUUCUAUUACUGAGUUUCCAUG